AAAUACUUAAUGGCUAUUUUCUUCCUUGUGAACUCCCUCCUUAAAGACUUCAUAUCUUGUUCCCAUUUUCAGUUGUCCCUGUUAAACAUGCAUCCAAUGCUUUGGCCAUUCUUCGGGAAAGACCAGGAGGAUUUGAUAUCAUUCUAAUGGCUCUUGACAUGCUUGAGAUGGAUGGAAUUGCCCUCCUUAAGCGCAUUGAGGUUGAAUUUAAGAUACCUGUUGUUAUGAUGUCUGCCAAUGAUAAAGAGGUUAUUGCCUCAAGAUGUUUGGAAAGCGGCGCUACAUUUUAUCUUACAAAACCUUUAACUAUAAGUAAUCUUAGUGACCUUUGGCAGUAUGUAUACCUGAAGAAACGCAAUGAAAGAAUGGUACUUGAGGAAAUAUGUAGUGAUUUAGAAUUACGAACACUUGAAAAGGUAUCGAAGGGAGAUAUUGAGUCUGAAUCCUCCGUUAAUGAAAGCAAUUGGAGGAGACAAGAAUCGUGGAAAAAAUCUUCCAAAAAGAAGAAUCAAAACGAGGGGGGAAAUAAAGAAGAUAAUGUUACAAAAAAGAUGUCAAUGGUGGUUUGGACAAAUGGGCUUCAUAACAAGUUCUUGGAUGCCAUCGACCAAAUAGGUCUUCAUAGUAAGAAAUUUCUUUCUUAAGAGUUCAAAGCAUCUCACUCACUUACGUAUAUCAUAUUUAUUUGGAUUUGUUUUCACUGACCCUUUUUUGUUUUGGUUAUAUUUUUCUAUUCUAGG